AUGGAACUCGUUCUGAGCUCUUUGCGCACACGUAGUUGAAGCUACGAGCCAGUUAGUGUUGUAGUGUGAAACGGCAAGGUUCCAGCAGUAGUGCGUCGUCCGCCCUGGCCAAAUGCUCGACAGGUUACCCGUUGAGGUUGCCGUUAUGAUACUUAGGAAACUGGACAGCACGUCCCUGUUGGCAGCGAACAGGGCCUGCCCUACGUGGGCGACCGUCAUUCAGGGCCACCGCGUGCUUCAGCUGCGGCUGCGGCGCCGGCAGCGGCAAGAGCGGCUCCUGCUGCACCACACGGAGGCGACGCUCGCCGCCUCGAGGCACCAGCGACACGAGAAACAACGAGUACCUGAAGGCAAUUACGUCGUUAACUACGAAUGUGUGACGCGGCCGAAUCGUCUGAAGAUGAGUCCGGAUGACAAUAAGCUGCCUUGUGUGCGUCACAUUUCCAUUGCGCCUUCGUAUGAAGUCCCUGUUGAUUCGUAACAUAGGGGCACUCGGUGCUUGCGGACAACUUAGUUGCACCGCGUCGUGUGUUUACUGCUGGAAAGUUAGUAAUGGGAACUGGAAAUCGCACAUCCUAAGCAAUGCCUCACAACUGCUCACUAUUUGAAGCUGUUACUCCAAUUCCUAUACGAGGCAAAGUCGUUGUGAAGAGGUUACAUCGAAAUUAGAAUCUUAGUGUGGCCCACCUGUUACGACGUUCCUCUACAUUACGGAUCCUGAGAAAAUCAUGCCUGUUUGGCAUAAGGGAGGCGAGACGGACUCAUUGUUUCUAACUAGCUACUGCUGGACAUACGCCGGCAACGGUGUUCAGAUCCUACCGUUCAGGCAUUGUUGACAUACCAGUAGUUACUGCGGAUGGGACUGAUCCUAACAAAAAUUUACACUUCUUUGACGGCCAUCCAACUUUGGUAGCAAAUGUACAGCUUACGAACUGUCUUUUUUUUAGGCUUAAACUAACGACGCUCUUUUAAUAACAGCCUUUCGAGGCUCAGAAUGGAUGAUACAUGAUAUUUUCCGCGAUAAGAUAAUGAAGUGGCGAGCCUACAACGUUGAGGGCGUCUGGAAGAGUCCACAGACUUCAACUGUGCUCAAGUAACGCCUGUACGAGCACGCUGCACAUACGAUGACGCCGGCUUAGAGCAGCUCAGUGUGUAUUAGCCAGUUCACGUUUAAAAAUGCUAAAGAGACUCUGCAUCGAGAUACAAGUAGCAGUGAAGUAUGGAUUUACGCCAGUUUUUCGAAAUUUUAUCAAACAGUUGACUUAAAUUGUUCGCAAUUAGAGCUUUGCUUAGCGUGUAAAAUACCUGCUGUUCGACUUUCUUUUCUAUGAUGAGAUUAUUGUAAUAAUAAAAACUGAUCAUAGAAUAAAGAAAAAAUAAAUAAUUCGAUACAGAAAUGGUACAGCAAGAUAAAAGUUUAAUCA